GAAUUCCCAUCGAUUCAAUCUGGAAUAGAAGCGCAAAUUAAGGCCGAUAUGGAACGAAUCGUGCGCGACGAGAAAUACAUCCGUGACCAAACAGCAGCUGUGGAUCAAAGUCUCAGGAGGUGCAAAGCACUGGCUAACAUCAUGGUGACGAUGAAAAAACUCGCAAUGGUGCAAGAUCCCACAAUCCAACGGGCUAAAAAGGCCGACAUGGAACGAAUCGUGCGCGACGAGAAAUACAUCCGUGACCAAACAGCAGCUGUGGAUCAAAGUCUCAGGAGGUGCAAAGCACUGGCUAACAUCAUGGUAACGAUGAAAAAACUCGCAAUGGUGCAAGAUCCCACAAUCCAACGGGCUAAAAAGGAAACUGGCUCAUCGUCGCCGGCGCCGUCUAGUCCAACACAGGCACCGGCGCCUCCACCCCCAUGGUGCAAGAUCCCACAAUCCAACGGGCUAAAAAGUCCGACACAGGCACCGGCACCUCCACCCCCACCACCUCCACCGCCACCGAAAAUGGAUCAUUCGUUGCCGAAUUCAUCGAAAGCUGUCUCGCAAGCAAACCAGAACCACGACACAAGGAACUCUUCAGCUCAUCCUCAACAGCUCACUAAUGGUUACCAUCAACAGAGUAAUAACAUGGAAAUCGCUGCACCAUUCACCCCGAACAUCUCACGGAAUGCACCUGAGCAGCUACCGCCCAUUCAGCAGCCUUCCACGGAACCAUCGCCUGCUGCCGAACUUGACGUUGUCUUAGAAGAGAUGUCACCGACUGGAAUACCACCUCGACCGCCAAGCCGUUAUUCUGUUCAAGAUGUCCGCAUGAAAUUCCAAAAGCCUCCGGAACUUCCAGAACAAAUCAAAAACCUCAUGGAAGAAGUCGUGCGGCGAGGUUCCCCGGCUCCCGAAGCCAAUGAACGCAGGUUAGAGUUGGAAGAGCGACAAGAACGUCUCGCCGAGAAGCAACGCCAGCUGUUAUCCCAAUUUCAACAGCUUCAACAAAUGACACCGUUACCAUGA